CCAUAAAUCGUUUCAUGAUAUCCAGUUUUCAGUUUGAGUUUGUCUUUCGGGCCGUAAACAGCUCUUGCCUAGAGCUCAGAGCGUAAAGUCAUUUGAGAUUGUCAGAGAGUAGAUGUUUCCUCUAUGUGGUUAAUGCUGAAGGAAGAGGUAAACAACAUUACAUGAAUACUGUUUGAAUGAAGAUAGUGGAAGCUAUUGUCAGCUGCGGAAUCGUGUGGUGCAGGAGAGUUAUCUCCGAAAAGCUUACCAGUGUGUGGGAAAGCGGAAAAGUGAUAUCUACAAUCAAAGGAUAAUAAUAGAACUGUGGAUUACUAUUUGUGAAUUGAAUGAACAAGGAAAAAUAAGAACAAAGUGGUUACAAAAGAAUUCAGAAAUAUUGGAGUACCUCAACAAAUGGUCAUACUAGAAGGAGCAGCAAUGUUACAAAUUGGAAAUAAUCAGUAUCUGCAGCCGGAUUACAUGUCACCGCUGCCAACCUCGUUGGAUGCAAAGAAGAGCCCACUGGCACUGCUGGCACAAACCUGCAGCCAGAUCGGUGCUGAUUCUGGGAACAUAACCGUCAAAUCGCUGGUUUCUCCAUCGGAAAAGAACAAAAAAUCAUCAUCUUCGUCUUCGUCUUCAGUUUCAUCGGCCGGCUCGGUUGAAAACGGAGGACACUCUAACAACUCGAGAUCCCCGUCGGUGAAAACAGAAAAGUCGGAUUCCUCUCCUGAGAUCAAAUUGGCGUUCAAACCAUACGAAAUGAAUGUGCUUACCACAAAAGUGAAGAAUGACGAUCGUCCUUCGUCUAAAAUGAGUAGUGGAAGUGAUAUAAUGAACAACAACAGUGUGAAUCAUGCUAAUAAUAAUGAUGUGAAGAAAGAUAUGCGCUCUUCAUCUCGCGGAAGUGCUGAAUCGCCUCGUGCUGGAAGUGUUAAGAACAGUGAAAUGAGUGAAAAUGGUAAAUGUACACCCGAGGGUAGCAGUAGAAAGACAAGUUCCCCGAAUGACCGUGACAAAACAACUGCUAGCCCUAUCAUACGACCGGGUGCCGAAGUUAUGCAAGCUGGAAAAGAUAUGUCGGGAUACAAACCUAGUGCUUACGGAAUAAACCCACUUACUGGAUUACCAUCACCGUCGGGGAUUGAUCAUACGAAUCCGGCGUUCAGGCCUCCUUUCGCUGGAGCCUUCACUCAUCACCAUGCUGCAAUGUUAGCGGCGGCAUAUCCUGGAGCCGCAGCUGCUGGUGCCAAUCCUUACCUGAGCUACACAAGGGUCAAAACUCCAUCUGGUGGUGAAACCUUGGUACCAAUCUGCAAGGAUCCUUACUGCACAGGAUGUCAGUUCUCAGCGCAUAAUCAUCAAAUGAUGAUGGGUGGACAAUGUCCAGCAGGUUGCAGUCAGUGUGACCAUCAGAAAUACAGUCUAGCCAUGGCUAUGGGAACACUACCGCCAGGAUAUCCUUAUCCACCCGCUGCUACGCAACCUGGUCGUCCCUACAUGUGUAACUGGGUUAUGGGAGAUUCGUACUGCGGUAAACGCUUCAAUACCACAGACGAACUACUGUCUCACCUGAGAACUCACACAGCUAACCUAUCGGAUCCGGCGGCAUUAGCCUUACAGCAACAAUUGAUGCCAUUGAGUGGCAUUUUUCCACCGUCAUCACUACACCGAGGAUAUCCAAAUCCUCCUCUGAGUCCACUUUCAGCUGCCAGAUAUCAUCCGUACGCUAAACCUGGGGCGCUUCCAGCGGGGCUUUCUGGGUCACCGUAUGGAGCGGCUUUCAACCCUGCUGCAUUUGGGCAGUACUAUUCACCGUACGCAGCUGCCUUGUACAGCCAACGAAUGGGAGCAGCAGUUCACCAGUAAAAGCACUACUUUCCAUUCGAAGAAUGCCCAGGUGUUAUUUUCUAUGAAUCUGUGAUAUUAACUUUAU